CGACGAUGAUCUGAAUUCUGUUACAUACCAAAGCUAGACUAAGUGGAGCACUCCGUGCUGAUCACUCUUCAGAGUUUGUCAGACAGUCACAAGUAGUUGAAGAGACCAGGGCAAAACAAUGGCAACUUCAUCUUCCAGCAACGGUGACAAGACCAAGAUACCUCUCUUUGGCCAACCCGCCUCGUGUAGAGGUGUCGGUGUAACCUAUGCGCAACAAAAAGGGGUCGUAGAGUGGUCCUGGUGCCCACAAUGGUCGUGGCUUCGUCUGUUCAAAUGGACCACAUCCAUCUCCCUGGUUGUGGGAAUCUUUGUGCUCGCUUCCGGAGUCGUGGCAGAUCGGUGGUAUGUGACGACGCUCGGCAUUAUUCUGAUAGUCUUUGCUUGCCCAGUCGUCGCUAUUUUAUCCAACUGGGUGUGGAAUGCAAACAAGCAGCAUGCAUUCAGACAGGCGCGUUUCAAGAGCAAGGAGGCAGAGCUAAUGUGGCAGCAGGUGGAUCCACUGUUUCACUACCAAGCUAAGGAUACAUACUAUGAAACAACUUAUGGAGGCAAGGUGCUCAAGGUAUUACGAGAUGGAACAAUUGAAAUAAACGGACAGCACAAUGACUUUGAUGACGACGAGGCAAGGCUUGGAAGCAUGGAGGUGACUGUGGUGCAGACGGAAUGAGCGGAGACGCGAAUUUGCAACGGAGCGGGCCACGGGUUGGCCCGUGUACGCCGGAGUCUUUGAUUGGCAAACCAAACUAGAAAGGCUUGGUACAUGCAUUUCCUUUCAUGCUGGAUUAAUCCCCCAAACAACCCCAGAGGCGGAUUGCUGCCGCGCCGCGGUCACUUCCUCAUAGCUACUUCUGUUCCCUUUGAAUAGCUAUGCUAGAAAGAUUGUAAACUAAUACUACAAGAAGUAUAUUCUGUGGCGU